UACUUCAUCGGCUUGCAAACUUUCAACGAGUGUGGAGUUUGCCUCCAAAUGAAAAUACAGGAAAAGAAGUGACUGCUCUUGCUUGGAGACCAGAUGGCAAAAUUUUGGCUUUUGGCCUUACUGAUACCAAGCGGAUUAUUCUGUGUGAUGUUGAAAAACCCGAAAGCUUGCACUCCUUCUCUGUGGAUUCAUCUAUUACUUACAUGCAUUGGAUGGAAGUAACUGAGGAAAGCAGUGUUCUCACUUCCUUUUACAAUGCUGAGGAUGAAUCAAAUCUCCUUUUGCCUAAAUUACCAGCACUACCAAAAAAUUACAGUACCACUGCAAAAAUUUUCAGUGAAGAAAAGUCAGAUGAGAUUAUGAAGCUUCUGGGUGAUGUAAGGCUUAAUGCUCUUGUCCUUGGUGGCAGCUCAGGAUUUAUUGAGAUUUAUGCUUAUGGAAUGUUCAAGAUUGCUACAGUAACUGGGGUGGAAGGUUCUUGUCGUGGACUAUGUUUGUCUAGUGAUUUGAAAUCACUAUCAGUUAUUACAGAGAUAAGAGACUCUUCAGACAGUGAAGCAGAGAUAACAUAUUUUCAGCUGGACACUAGUCUGUUAUCAAGUUACUUACCUGAGGUAACUCGAAUGGCCCGGAAGUUUACUCACAUUUCAACUCUGUUACAGUACAUAAAGUUGUCAUUGACAUGUAUGUGUGAAGCGUGGGAAGAAAUAUUGAUGCAGAUGGACUCACGGCUAACAAAGUUCGUACAGGAAAAGAAUACAACCACUUCUGUUCAGGAUGAGUUUAUGCAGCUGCUGUUAUGGGGCAAAGCAAGUCUGGAACUUCAGGCAUUACUAAUGAACCAACUGACGGUAAAGGGUUUAAAAAAACUCGGUCAGUCCAUAGAGUCUUCCUAUUCCAGUAUACAAAAGUUGGUCAUAAGUCAUUUGCAGAGUGGCUCUGAGGCACUGUUAUACCACUUGAGUGAAUUGAAAGGAAUGGCUUUAUGGAAACAAAAAUAUGAGUCUCUGGGAUUAGAUGCAUCUGGAAUUGAAGAGGCUAUUACUGCUGUUGGUUCUUUCAUCCUGAAAGCAAAUGAGCUGCUUCAAGUUAUCGACAGUAGUAUGAAAAACUUCAAAGCAUUUUUUCGAUGGCUGUAUGUUGCCAUGUUGAGGAUGUCAGAAGAUCAUGUGCUUCCAGAGCUGAACAAGAUGACUCAAAAAGAUAUCACGUUUGUUGCUGAUUUUCUUACUGAACACUUCAAUGAGGCGCCAGAACUUUACAAUCGUAAAGGAAAAUACUUCAAUGUGGAGAGAGUUGGCCAGUACUUGAAAGAUGAAGAUGAUGACCUUGUAUCACCACCUAAUACAGAGGGAAACCAGUGGUUCAACUUUCUUAAAAAUAGUACUCAUCUUAAAGAAAGUCCACUUUUGUUUCCCUACUAUCCUGAGAAAUCACUGCAUUUUGUCAAAAGGCAAAUGGAAGGGGUGAUUGAUCAGUGUUUACAAAAGCCAGCG